AUGAAGAUUGUUUUCCUCGGAACUUUACUAUGCCUUGCCAGCAUUGCCACCUCCACGCUUACUUCAAAAGGAUUUCUAAACAAUGUCAUGAACUGCAAAGCAACUUGUCGUGAAAUGGGUUGGGAACCAUGUUGUAAGAAGAAAACUGUGAAAGAUAAAAAUCAUACGACAGCUUUCCAUGCUGUACUGUCAAAGAGCAUUAACAGUCUUGCACACAAUACCAUAGUACAAUACAAAACAGUGACAGCAAAUAUCGGGGGAUGUUAUGACCCAGACAAUGGUGUGUUCACUGCUAAAGAGGCCGGUGUCUAUUCCUUUAGUUGGUGUUUUUUGACGAAGAAGGGUGGAACUGUCUAUUUAGGUGGAGAUGUCGAUGGCAAGAUUUAUUCUUAUGCAAUAAUUGAACAUCAGGCCAGCACCUGGAUGAGUACAUGUGGGCAUAUGAUAGUUACAUUGAAGACUGGAAGCAAGGUUUCGACGAAAAAUAACGGGAAAAAUGUCUAUCUACAUGGCGGUUAUACAUAUUUUACAGGGCAUAAACUGUAA